UUCUAAAAGUAAAUAAAUAAAACUUUUACAAAAAUAAACUAAUAUAACACAGACCUCAGAAGUGACACGGCCUGGCAAGGGGACCCAUUGACUAGACAGAGCAGAUUCAAGGUCACGAGGGUCCGAGCCACCUCUGCUGUGGGGGGAACCCACAGCCGCUGCCCUCCCAGAGCCGUUCGCGGGGCCCGCUGGUUGAAGAGACUCAGGUGCUAACCGAGUUUUUAGGAGCACACUGUUUUGGGUGCGACUAAGAAAAAAUGGUAUUUCCUUCUUUUCUCCAAAACACUUGACACGUCUCUGUAUUAGAAUUCUCUGGGCACAUGCCUGUUUCUCUCUCCUAGAUUGUGAAACUGUUGAAAGGCCAGGGAAUCCGCAUCCUGCUGGUGUUUGUGGACUGUCUGGGGAAGUCUUGUUCACUGUAUCACGGUGUUUUCAUUAUAAAGCUUCACAGAAGUUUCUCUCAGGCAGAGGGCUUGUUUUUAUUUUAGGAGCACAGACUAAUGUAUGCUUGAUGGUGUUUUCCCUUUUUGCCUUGGCUGCUAGGAAGCUCAGAGCCACACUUGUGUGUUGGUUCUCAGCCUUUUUAAAAUCUGCACUUAGAUACCUCUCACGUUGAUUUCUUACUGCUUCCGUAACAAACACCCCAUGGCCUCCGCCAGCCCAGUGCAUGGCCCUACCACCCUCUAACUCCCCGUCACCUCCACCCCAAGUCCCUCAUGCUGUUCGCUCAUAGCUGCUUCUGCGAUGGACCUAGAGUCCAAUCACAUGUCUUUGUGCCACGGCCCCCACGCCAGGCUGAGAUGCCACCAUUUCCGUGACACCAGCCUCCUAGCCUGUCUCUUUACUUCAGCUCUUGCCUUUUACUAGCCUCUUGUCCCCUAACCAGGCAGCUUUUUAAAAACACAAAGCCAGUCAUGCCGUUUUUCCAUGUAGCCCUCGCCAACGGUCUCCUGUCCCACGAUGACGAAAACCCAGGUCCUUCGGCAGCUGGUCAGGCCCCCAUCGCACAGCCUCCCCCGGCUGGCUCCUCAUGCCGCGUCUUCUCAUUGGCCCAGCCUUGCUUCUUGCACGUGGUCCCUCUGCUGGCCCCGCUCCCCCAGACCCUCCCUGGCCGAGUGCACGGCUCCUUUAGCCAAGACCGAGCUGUCUCCUCCCCAGAGAAGCCUUUCCCUACAGCUCCUCUCAUUCAGUCCUCCCCACCCACCUGGCACCCAUGCACCUCCCCCUCCUCACCCUCUUCUGCAGCCUCAGAGACGUGGUGGGCUCAGUGAUGGUUUGCUCCUCUGUCUGGUUCAGCUCUCUCCUGGGAGGUACGGCCACUGCUGUCCCAUCCAUCACAGGGUGUGAUGCGGCACCAGGCCUUGGCACCUAGCAGGCACUGAACAUUUUGCGUAUCGUCCUCACCCUGACUUGACUUCCCUUUUUACUUUUAUUUUCCUUCGGUUUUGACCUUCCGACUCUCUGUUGUAGCAGGAAGAACCCACACCCCCCGGGGCCCACUCAGGGUGGAGGAGGAAGUGCAGGCUCUGCCUGUCGGGGGGUAGGGUCCCGUGUCCGGAGUGAGAAGGGGGCGCUGCUGCUACCAUCUUCCCAGGGGCUGUGGGGGUCCUCCUCCCCCGAGUGCCACAGACUGUCUUAGGCAGGGGUGUCAGACUCGCGUCCACCGGGGGCACACCCAGGAGCAGUCACGUUUACACGGUCCUGAAAUUACACUCAGCCCUUUGAAGGCAGCCGUGAGGCUGCUGUGGCCCCCGGGGAACAAAAGUCUGACCCCCCUGCUCUAAGGAAAAGGCCGGGCGCCCCUCUGGACCCAGGAGCAAAGCCGCAGUGCGCAGUAAAGGCCCAAGCUCAUCCUCACUCUGGAGGCGGAGCGUUGCUGCCCCAGGGAGAUGGAGGUGAUGCUGCGGGGGUUCCUCCCUGGGCCAGGGCUCAGACAGGAAGAGGGAAGACUGGGGCUCUGGGUCCCAGGGCGGAAGGAUGAGCGCGUCCGUCUGUGGGAGGUGAGCAGGGCAUGGGUAUGUGUAGGGGCCCCAAGGAGAGAGGUGACCUGUCGGGGACGCCUGGGGGGGAGGGGUCCUCUGCUCUUUUGCCUGACCUCUGACCUCUGACCUCUGACCGCGGCACACAGCCACCUUUGCCCCCUGGUGUGGCGGUCACACGCCCUGGCCCAGUGCCUUCUGCCUCCACCUGUGCUCUCGUCCCUCAGGCCUCCUCGGCCUCAAGUGUGUCCAUUCCUGUAGGUGCCACAUGCCACAGUUUGUACACACACGGGAUUUGCCUGAUUGUGGCAGUCUGGGCCUGGAACGAUUUUAAUUAAUGGGAAAAUGGUCCUCAAUACACUGAUUAGACCUCUUCAGGUACAACAAGAUAAAAGCCUGGUAAUUUGGAUGGAGUACUCUUCUUAAACGGUUCCUCUGUGCUUGGCAGCCAAUGGCAGAGCUGGGCUCUCCUCCACCUGAUCCAAUGAGUAAUUAAGAGAGGGCUUUUUCUUCCCCCCUCGCCCCUCCCUGCACUGCCCCCCCACCCAUCCGAGGCUUAACAGGUUGGUGUAUAAUUUGGAGACUUUAAGGGUGUCAUGCUAGGAGCUCAGGCAAGAGCCAGGCAUCUUCUCUCCAGCUCCCCAGGCCCCGGCCUCUCACUGCGGACUGAGGGGGAAGGAGGUGGCAGGCGGCAGGGCCCGGGGCCCAAGGCACGCCGCUUGGCCCCGCGUUCUCUGUCCGAGAGUGGCCCGUGGCCAUGAGUGAGCUGGGCGCGCAGAAGGCCGGCGAUGGCUCGGUCUCCCACCUGCUGACCGUGGUGGAGAGUGAGCUGCAGGCCGGCAGGGAGAAAGGCGACCCCACGGAGAAGCAGCUUCGAAUCGUCCUGGAGGACGCCCCUCUCUGGCAGAGGUUCAGGGAGGUCACCAACGAGAUGAUCGUGACCAAGAAUGGCAGACGGAUGUUCCCUGUUCUCAAGGUCAGUGUCACGGGGCUGGACCCCAGCGCCAUGUACUCCCUCCUGCUGGACUUCGUCCCCACAGACGGCCACCGCUGGAAGUACGUCAACGGGGAGUGGGUGCCCGCGGGCAAGCCGGAGGCCUCCAGCCACAGCUGUGUCUACAUUCACCCGGACUCGCCCAACUUCGGGGCGCACUGGAUGAAGGCGCCCAUCUCCUUCAGCAAAGUCAAGCUCACCAACAAGUUCAACGGAGGCGGGCAGAUAAUGCUGAACUCGCUGCACAAAUACGAGCCCCAGGUGCACAUCGUGCGUGUUGGGGGCGCCCACCGCAUGGUCAUGAACUGCUCCUUCCCGGAAACCCAGUUCAUAGCUGUGACGGCCUAUCAGAACGAGGAGAUAACAGCUCUCAAGAUCAAGUACAACCCCUUUGCCAAGGCCUUCCUGGACGCCAAGGAGAGGAACCACCUAAAAGAUGUUCCGGAAGCCAUCUCCGAGAGCCAGCACACGGCCUGCUCCCGCUGGGGAGGCUGGAUCUUCUCCAACCCGGACGGCGCGUGCCCCGCGGGAAAUGCCAGUUACCAGUACACGACCCCUUUGCCUCUGUCUGCGACCCACACCCACCGCGGCUGUGAGCGCCACCCUGGCCUCCGGGGACACCGGCAGACCCCCUACCCUUCUGCGUACGUGCACAGAAACCACGCUGCCUCAGUGAAUUUGAUAGAAAGCCCCGGCAACAAUCUGCAAGUUUUCUCUGGAGCCGACAGCUGGACUUCCCUACCCCCCACCCCGCACGCCAGCAUCCUGUCUGUGCCCCACACCAGCGGCCCCAUGAACCCAGGGCCCAGCCCCUACCCGUGCCUGUGGACCAUCAGCAACAGUGGCGGGGGCCCUGCCGGGUCGGGCCCAGAGGUGCAUGCCGGGUCCCCGGGAGCGUUUCUCCUGGGCAGCCCCGCAGUGACUGCGCCCCUCUCCACCCAGGCUCCCGCUUCGGCGGGUGUGGAGGUUCUGGGGGAGCCCUCGCUGACCAGCAUCGCCGUGUCCACCUGGACGGCAGUGGCCUCACACCCAUUCUCGGGCUGGGGUGGCACCGGUGGGUGUGGGCGCCAUUCUCCCUCCUCUUUGGACAGCUAGGCGGGGUCUGAGGGCAUGUGUCUGCAGAGGACCUUCUGGUGUCCGGCACUUAGAAACCCCACCCACCAAUUCCAGUGAGUGAGGCCGCAGGCCCUCGCCCCUCCCCAGCAAGCUGCAGGGUGGAGUGGGUUCCUGCAUCCGCUGAUUAGUGGGUUGUUCAGUGUGCACGAUGCUAGUUACGUCCUUGGAUCUUUCUCCCCAGUUUUCCUGCGUUCUCACUCCCUCUGCAGUGUGUCCACGCUGUGCUUGGGCAACGGCGGGUCGAUGAGCAUCUUUCUGGUGCCUCACCCUUUCUCCCAAGUGAUCCUGGGAGGCCGUACUCCUCUUUGGUGACAGGGUGCAAAGCUGUUAACAGAGCCAGGCCUGCCCACCUGAGGCCACACCACUUGGUAGCUUUGCGCAGCCCUGGAAGGGGUGUGUGGCUACAAGGCUUCUAUCCUGAGUGAUAGAGAGGCCGCAACUCAGAGUGAAGGUCACAGAGACGGAGCUGACCAUGUUGUUCAGCAGGCAGCCCGGGACUGAGGACUUGAGACCGUGUGGCCCCCUUGCUCAGGAACCUCCGGUGGCUCGCCCGUGCCUGCGGGCUGGAGUCACACGCCCUCACCUCCAGGGGGUCCUCUACCAUCCCAUCUCGCAGCUUCCCCAGCCGGGGCUCCCCGAGACCCGGUAGCACCCUGGAUUUCAGUCCAGGGAGACGGUCGUCUGUGCGUUCGAUGGGCUUUCACGUCGCUGUACCUUCUCCUGUGCCUGAGCUGCCCUCUGUCCAGCCCCAUCGUGCGGAUGCCACCCCUCUCCCGGGUCAGUGCCGCUGCGGAUGCCCCGCCCAGGCUCACUUGGGCUCUCCCCGUGCCCCCUGCUGCCUUGCCUCUGUCAGGGAACGUGCCCCAUUCUGCUUGUGCUCUUACAGACUGCAGGUGUGCCCUGUCCCCAAGACUGCAGUGUGCCCCUCCCCCCCAGACUGCAAGCCCCUGGGACAGAGGCCUCACCCUGUUUCAUACCCACGCCCUGGUCUGUGCCUUGCCUGUUGUAGGUGCCCAAUAAACACUG